AUGACUGGUGAUCGUAAUAUUAAUCGAAAACAUGUCAAUUACAGAAAGGCAGGAAAAAUCAAGAAGAAACUUCACAAAUAACAAAUAAAAAAGGCUGCUCUCUCUAACAAGACUGCUUAACCAAAGAGCAUAGAAGACAUGACUAAGAAAGAUCGUAGAGAACUUGUCAAAAAAUAAAAAAAAUAGGAUAAGAAAUAGAAAAAGCGAGAAUUAAAAGAGGCUGCUGCCAAAGAAAUAGAAGAGGAGUUAUGA